GGCUGAGGAGCAGGAACAUCUGAGCUGAAUCACAGCCCACAUCACUCCCUCCACUGAAAGGCGCCUGCAGCUGACACGCCACAAACCAUAAGGCACAAUGUCGUACGGGUCCAUUGACGGAGGCUCCUUUGGCAGUCGCAACCCAUUUGGAGGUCCUACGAGGCAGGGCUACCAGCCAGUAGCCACACAGGUCAGCCCCUCAGAACUGCAAGAUGUGUUUCAGGAGACCUCCUCCAAUAUCUUCCAGAUCAACGCCAACGUUGUCACACUAGAGAAGAAUCUCCAAUCACUGGGAACAUCUAGAGACACAGCAGAGCUACGACAGAGUCUACACUCCAUGCAGCAGCAAACCAACAAAGUCAUCACCAGCACAAGCCAACUCAUCAAACAGCUCUCUGAUAUAAUCAGUGGCUCUUCACGGCAAGACCGUCUGCACCUGACCAGACUAAAGACUGAACUCUCAGAGUCUGUACAGCGCUAUGGGGAUCUGCAGAAGAAAAUUGCAGAGCGUUCAAGGGCCUUGCUGCCUCCUGCACAGAAAGACAAGAAGAAGAGUCCUCAGACACCGUCCGCAGAGCUGAUCGAUGAGGGUCCACUGUUUGGUGAACCAGUCGGCUCAGAGGGAGGGGCUCAGGCUUUCCUGUCCGAGAUCAGCGAGGAGGAUGUGGAGGUACUUCGCCAAAGGGAGGAGGCCCUGCUGCAGAUUGAAAGAGACAUGCUUGAUGUCAGCCAAAUCAUGAAGGAUCUGGCCAGCAUGGUCCACGAACAAGGCGACGCCAUAGACAGCAUCGAAGAUUACAUCCAGACUACAUCAUCCAACGUGGAAUCAGCCAAUCAGGAGCUUGCGAAGGCCAACCAAUACCAGAGGCAGCUGAGGAAGAGGAAAUGCUACCUCCUGGUGGCUGGAGCCAUCGUUCUCACCAUCCUCAUAAUCAUCAUUGCUGUUUCAGCAAGAAAAUGAGACCGGCCACUGUGGUAGCUGCUGUCAUUACCGUGUCACCGCAGUGCUCCUGCCCAGUCUGAACCCUGACCUGAGCAGCUGGUUUCCAGUAGGAGGGAGCUGCCCUGCAACAACAUCUCUACUCCAUCAUCCUUGCCUCUGUUUACAUGUGCGUCAGCGUGGGGAUGGAGGCCUUUUUCAGCAAAACAAUUUGAAAAAAGAGAGCCCCAGCCAGAGCCGCUCAUCUAAUCAA